AUGAAUAAAUUUGCCCAAAAUCUCAUUCAAGUAGUGAAUGAACUUCAAGACAAACUCAAAGAUAGUCUUGAGUUUGAUUUGCCACAGAUUGUUGUGAUCGGUGGCCAGUCUUCGGGCAAAUCCAGUGUUUUGGAGAGCAUAGUUGGCCGCGAUUUCCUGCCCCGCGGGACAGGUAUAGUCACCCGAAGGCCACUCGUUCUCCAACUGAUAGCAGACAAAGACAUUACAGAAGAUUUCGGUGAGUUUUCUCAUUCACCCGGAAAUCAAUUUUGCGAUUUCAAUGAUAUCAGAGCUGAAAUCAUUGCGGAAACCAAUCGAGAAGUGCCCGCAGAGUGCGCCAUAUCUCCCAAACCAAUCGGUCUGAAGAUAUAUUCCUCGAAAGUGUUGGAUCUCACUCUAGUAGAUCUCCCGGGUAUGACAAGAGUAGCCGUUGGGAGUCAGCCCUGGGAUAUUGAAUCUCAAAUUGAGAAAAUGAUUUUGGACUACAUUUCUGGUGAAAAUUGUCUUAUUUUGGCGGUCACUCCCGCCAACCAAGAUUUGGCCACAUCUGAUGCCCUAAAACUGGCCAACAAAGUAGAUCCCGAGGGCGACCGCACUAUCGGUGUCCUCACUAAACUGGAUCUCAUGGACUCGGGAACCGAUGCCCGGAAUAUACUGAUCGGACACCACGCCAUCAAAUUGAAGCGGGGAUUUCACGGAGUGGUUAAUCGAUCCCAAAAAGACAUCGACGGCAAGAAAGACAUUAAGAAAGCACUUCUCGACGAACACAAGUUCUUCGUCGAACAUCCCGCGUACUCAUCAAUGGCUAAACGUAUGGGAAUUAAUCAUUUGCAGCAAUUCCUUCAGACGGAACUGUUUGCACACAUCGCCGUCCGAUUGCCGCCAUUGAAGGCCAAAACGGAGUUUAAAUUAAAUCAAGUGAAUGAGUAUUUGAAGAAAAUCGAGUUUCCGGAAGACUCGAUGGAAAAGGAGAGACUAUUGGCCCAAACGAUUGAGUCGUUUCGCAAUCAUUUCAAGAGCUCAAUGGGAGGAAGUGUUUGGAGAGUAGACGUCAAUGAUCUGAGUUGUGGUGCAAUAAUCAAUGUCUUAAUGAACGACACGUUUCCCAAAGAGAUUGAACUCUUGUUUUACGACGAAAAGCGAUUGUCCCGUAAGAUCGCGACCGCUAUUCAAAACUCGUUCGGCACUCGUUUGGGUGUUUUCAUACCCGACGCCGCAUUCACUUCAUGUGUCGACCCUUUAAUUGAACUCUUCGUAAAGCCGGCCAUUACUUGUGUCGAUUGGGUUACCGAUGAGAUUACGAAAACAAUCAGAAAAUGUUUGGAUGAUAUAAACUGUUUUCCUAAUCUAAAGAAAGUCUUCGCCGAUUUGACUUUGGAUUUUGUUCGCGAGUCUAAUCAGAAAUGCAAACAAAUGGUCGACCAUUUGAUCCAAACAGAGAGAUGUUAUCCAAAUACUCUUCACGAGGAUUUCGUAGAAAUGAUUGGUGAUGGUAAGACAACACCCAUAGCACCGCCACAACUGUAUCCUCAAACUCCUCAACAAAAGGCACAGAACUUAAAGUCGGAUUGGAUUUCAUAUAAGAAGAAUGACUUAUGGUUUGUCCUCAAAGACACCACUCUUUAUUGGUUUAAAGACGAGAAACAAAAUGGCAAAAAAGGUUCAAUCGAUUUAAAGGGCUGUCAAAUGACUUUUAAAGACGCGAAGAGCACUAAACUCGUCCUCAUUUUGCCCAAAAGUUAUCGCAUUAGCAACCAAUUUAUGUUAACGUUUAAUACACGACAAGCAUUGGAUAAAUGGUGGUAUUGGUUGGCGGAAGUGGGGGUCGCCGUUGCGGCUAAUCAAGUGAUUAUUAAAUCCAUUGAUUGGGAUUUAAAAUAUGACGAGUCUUUCGAAAGCGGUUCCCAAUUGAAUGUCAAUUGUGUGACUCAAGACUUGACGUUUCCCGACGUAAUGAACACACAAGUAGACGAAGUGAAGCGCUACCUUCACACCUACUUUGUUAUCCUUAAGAAGACAUUUAAGGAUCGUUUGCCAAAACUAUGUCAAUUAGAACUGAUUAACGUGACCUCAAAGUUCAUACGAACUGAACUCCAGGUCCGGAUUCGGGAUCAGUUCUCGACAAUCGAUGAAAUCAUUGGUGAAGAUCCGGACAAAGAGUUGAGAAUUGAGUUAUUGAAUAAUAAGAAAGAGUACACCGAAGCCAUUGUUAUAAUGGAAAAGUACUCCAAAAUGAGACUUUAA